UCGGACGUCAAAUUGGAAAAAGCGCAAUAUUCGGGAUAAGUCUGGCGUCAAUGGGAAAAAAGCGCAAUAUUGUUAUUUCGAGGUAAAUUAGAUAUCAAAUGGGAACAUUUUUAGUCGGCCGCCAUUCAUUGUGGCUUAACAGUAGACCAUUGGAUAUUGAUAUUAUUAUCGUAUUGUAUUGAAAGCAUGCCAACUGUACAGUGUAGUGCGGAAUAAAGCAAACAACAAUUAAAUGAAAAAAAUGUAAGCUUUUACUAAAAGCACUUUUAAGUUUGCAAUGAAUUCAUAUGUUGAAAUUUACAAUUUUAAUUCAUCGACAAAAAGAAGAUUUUGAUUGGAGAAGAUUAUCUGAUUUUUUUCCUUUAAAGUUAACUGAUUAAAGAUAAUAUGAGAUCUAAUUUAUUGAAAUCUAUCUCCUUCUGUCUCAGUAUUGUUUUAUUUAAGUUUUGUUUUUGUGCAAAAUUGACGAUUUUUGAAGAUGGGAUGCGUGCAUCUGAUGUGACGGCCACAUUCAUAGUAAGAUCCUUGUCGGAAUGUGCUGUUCUGUUGGAUAAAACUCCUGGUAGUGUAGCAUUUAACUAUAAUUCGGGGAGUAAUAUGUGCGAGCUGGUGGGUAGCCAAUCGGCUUCAACAACUCCGGCUGUUGGAUGGAGAGUAUAUGCAAUCCUAGGAUGUAAAAACCUACCUACAAUUGCAAAUGGUAAUAUUAUAUUUACACCAAAAGAUGAAUACACCUUGCUUGAUACCAUAGGAAUAAACUGUGACGUUGGGUAUGGCGCAAUUAAAUCAGAAAUAAAAUGUCUACCUACAGGAGAAUGGGAGAAUGCUAUAUGCGAAAAGAAAAUAAGUGACUGUUCAGAGAUUCUAACUUACAACCCUGGUGCUACUAGUGGCAUUUAUACUAUAAAGCUCUGGCAAUCCGGACAAACCCUUUCAGUUUACUGCGACAUGGUAACAAGCGGUGGAGGAUGGACAGUUUUUCAGAGACGUAUUGACGGCGAUGUAAACUUUUAUCGCACUUUUCCGGAGUAUGAAGAUGGUUUUGGAACUCCAGAUGACGAAUUCUGGCUAGGGUUGAAAUAUAUAAAGGAGUUGGCGGAUAAAGGUCCUACAGAAAUACGGACGGACAUGGCUAAAGCCAGUGGUGUAACGGCAUUUGAGACUCAUGCCGGGUUCAGUCUCUCGGGACCUAACUAUGUAUUUAACAUAGGGUCACUUGUGGCGGCUACACCAGGAGACACUUCAGGGUACGGAUUGUCUUAUAAUAAAGGACAUGCUUUUACCACGAAGGAGUUGUCAAACUGUGCUGUCAAUCGUCUAGGCGCGUGGUGGUAUUAUGGCUGCACGUGGUCCAACCUCAAUGGGGAAUACCGAACACCUGGAUCAAACGAUAACAGCUAUGUCGGUUUAAUACAUUAUGGAUUUGGACGAUUUGAAAAGUUAAAGUCUGCAAGCAUGAUGCUUCGAAGGCCUUAAGAUAUUGCAUUACAAAUAAUUUUAUAAGGUCUUCAACUGUGGGUAUCUUAAAUGGGCUUACAAAUCUUUCAAUUUUGGACAAAUAAUUAAUCAUUGCAGGGAAUGUUUCAAAGUAUGACAGUGCAUAUAUUGGUUAGUCAGCACGGCUGAUUUUGGUCUGAACUAGUAGCCUUGGAAGAAUCAGUUGCCACUAGUGGAUUAAGUGUUAAGUGAGGCGAGGAAGAGAAAUAAUGACUAUUGCAUCAUGCAUAAUGAACAAUAUACAACAUAUCAAAUAAAAUAGUUCAGUAGAGUAAAUUUGCUUUUUAACACCGGUAUGGGGUUUUGAUGUGUAGGUAUUGACCAAAGUGUCCGAGAAGGCAAAGAUGUCUGUAAACUGUAUUUUCGGAAAUGUUAACAACGGUUACAUGCUCGGUUCGGAUGUGCCUGUUCAUGUCCUGCUAUUGUAAAAUAAAACAUUAUUGACCAAAGCACAAAGCCUCUGUUUUUCCAACUAGUUCAAUUACUGUAUUAACUAUGCUCUGUAGAGUUGUAUUUACCCGGAAGACAUAAUAACAAUUGUAAAAGUUAUCAAUAAACUUUAUUUUCUUAUUUUUGUCAUCAUCAUAAUUUGACGUCAUCAAAACGUAAUUCUGACGUUUGUUUCUUUCGUCAUCCUUUAAGGUAGAUUAAAGUUACAAAAGAUACUAUAUUAGUAUAUUAUAUUAGUAAGCAAUGUAUUUGUAUCUUUGUCAUGUUUUAAAUGGUUUUAAACAGUGAUAUAUAAAGUAAAAUAAUAACUUUACUGUAAACUUUCAAUUUAUAAUAUUUUUGCACUUUUUGUGUGUUUAUUUUUUGUCUGGUGAA